AUGACCAGUGAAUCAAAUGAAGAUACCAGAAACGGAGACCUGAAUAACCGACAAAAGGAUGAUGAUGGUUUCCAAAAAGUAUUAACACCUUUCGAAAAAAGAGUGCUCAAGAAGAAAAACCCAGACCUUAAACAAGUGUCGUUGGCAGAUUGUAACACACUACAAAACUCAAUAAUAACACGUCUAAAAAAAAGAGGCUUGGAUUUAACAAAUGAUCCAGAUCAUACAACAUUAGAGUCGAGCAGUCUCGAGCUGGAAGAAGUCCAGGAAAUCAUAGCUGACCUGGACGAAGCAAUAAACGGAGUAUUAUACCAAGCAGAAAAACCGGACCAAAAUUUAUCAUUAACAGAACUUGAAAAUAAAAUUAAAGUCGCGAAGAAUACACUGUCUCAAAUGAAGACUAAAAAAAAGGGAACGUUCUCGAAAGAAGAACUGGAUAACGCAACGAAGGAAACCGAUGUGUAUGUAACAUACCUCCAAAACCAAAUCACAUUAACAAAAGACUAUCAAAAGUUAAAGAACGCACAAGUUUCUUUACUAAAGCUUAAAACAUUCUUAAAGGAUUAUAUAAACUUGAAAACGCGAAUUAGAAAUUCCUCAACCAAGAUUGAGAAAAACAAAGUGGCAACACCAACAAGUGAACCGAAGGUGUUAGGAACAACAAAGAGAAGUAUCGAUUACGUGUAUGACUUUAUAAAGGAGAUGAAGGAGAGAAAUGGAAGAACACUAGAUGUAAAUGAUUUAACGAGUCGAGAUUUCAAAGUUGAGGACGGAACUAAGUUCCAGCCACCAUAUAACUAUUUACAGAAAUUAAAACAGAAAUUUGAAGUUUUUAUCGACAAAACUGGAACAAAACCACUGAUAUUAUCAAUUUAUGGUUGUAAAGCUGAUGUGGAUAGGUGUAUGGAUUUCUUGUCAAACCUGGACCUAUCGCGACAAAACAAAGUUCCGAUGAGUUUCACAAAGUAUCGAUUACUUCUAGAAGCGGAGGACAAGUACAAUGUACUGCUCAACUAUAACUCAAGAACAAUGGAACUGAUAGGAAAGAAUUCGGACGUUAAGGCGUUUUUAGAGUACAUGGAAUCAAUAACAAAGGAAAACCGCGAAAAAGAAAAGCAACUCAAUAACGACACAGUAAAGACUAACGACGUGACAUAUGUCACCGGAGACAACGACAAGCUCUACGACUACUACGUCCUGAGAGCACUAAGUGGCAAGUUCAGACCAAACGUGAGAGAAUUGGAGACGGAAUUCGGGGUGGGAAUAAAGUUUGAUUUGACUCCAAGAAACGGACUUGCAAAGGUGUCAUUUGUACCUUUACUUAAUAACGCAGUGGACGGCUGCAUCAAGACGUUCACCAAUUACGUUGACCAAUACGGAUACAAGGAGCUGGGAAAGCUGAGUAAUGAAGAAAUUUCAUUCUUAAGUGAUAACGAUGUUCAGAAAAAGAGGUACAGAUCACAGUACACGACACUAGUGAAGGUGGCUGAUAAGUUCUAUGUUGUCGGGCUGAAAAAAUAUUUAAAUUUCGGCUUUAAUCGAGCACAAAACCUUUUGGAAUCAAGACAACAACCGCCGUAUAAAUUCAAGCUCACAAAUGCUCAGUAUAACCAGGUCAACCCCCACCUGAAUAGUCUACAGGACCAGAAGGGAGUGUACAUUACCACAAUGGGUCACUCAAAUAGCAAAGAGCGAGAAAAGGAGUUUAAUGACUUGGAUGACCACAAGAAUGGAAGUGAAAAGGACAUCACGCUCCUAGUGUACGGAAACGCAGUACAGCAGAAGGAGUGUGUCGCAGCACUCAACGAAAUGAUAAAGUACUUUGUAACAAUAGACUUGCCACUUUCGGGAGUGGAAUAUAAUUUACUGUUGGAAGAAAAGAAUAGGUUGAACGAAUAUGAAAACAAAUAUAAAUUAAAGUUGUCACUAACAAAGAAUACCUUGACACUCUCAGGACCUAAAAUUCAGGUUGAGGCGGUAUUAGAAGACCUCAAGACGCUUUUCUCAAAGGUGGUCUACUUUACAUUAGAUGACCCAUCAAUGCCGGAAAUCAUUAACCAAGGCAUGGUUUACUCAGUAAUGGCGGUUCCUCAAAAGUUCAUUGGAAAGAUAAUAGGGAAAGGAGGAUCAACCCUAAAGAAUAUUCUGCUCCAAACGUCACUGAAUAACCUCAUUGUAACAAAGUCCUCACACUUCAAUCAUGAGUCCUCAAACAGCAUUGAGAAUUUACACCUCAACCACGAAAACCCGAACUCUAACCAUGCAAAACUGCUCCCAAAUAAUAUUCGAGACCAUAAGGAAAAGAAAACCAAAGCCAAACAGAAAGACAAGGAAGUGGACGUACUCUUCAUGAUUGGAAGUGGCUUGAGCGUCCACACCACAGUGUCUCUAAUAAAACAUGUCCUCGACUCCGACGAAGACGUCGUUUUCACAAAACCCGACUCCAGAAAUUUGUACGACGAGUACACCAGCAAACACUCGUUCAUGCGGAGAACUAUCUCAAACUACUCCUCAUCCACAUCCUCAUCAACCAACUACAAGACCGAUGUUAAACUUGACAUUAACGACAUGGAUAACUUCCCAUCAUUGUAUUAA